AUGUGUAAUAUAAUCUGCUAAAAGCAUCUUCCGCAAUGGGCAAAAUUGCGGGUUUCUCGAGGAAUACACGCAAAAAUUCUCGAGAAAAUUUUUUAACGCGCUCAAAAUAAAAUCGCGCCAAAUUGCAACACAAUGCCAAAGAUCUUGCCUCUCCCACAACGAUUGAUUGGAAUCGCCAAAUAACGUGGAGAAAAUGUCGAGAAAAUAUUGGAGUGCAAUUUCGAUCGUAUCUUUGUUGUUUUCGCAUCCUUACAGGCCAAUUCGUUGGCUUUUACUCAGUCAAGCUGGUAAGAAUCUAUUGUCUUGUAUAAUAUCGCAAAUUUGGUGAGGUUUUACUAAUAUUUUUGGUGUUUUAGUCGGCCAUCUUCAGUCUCCAGGGUCUUCUCAGCGUUCUGCUACUUCUCAUUUGCACUUGCGCAUACAUCCGAUCGAUUUAUCCAAGGAUCAUUGAUUACAAGAAAGAAGGGUAAGAUUUUUGUUAGUUUCUUUUGUUUUUAGGCAUGUUAUUGACAUGGGUUAGGAGGAGAUGGCAAAAGAGUUAAUUAAUCUGUAAAUUUUAGCUUAUUUCAUCGUUUUCUUAGCAAUAUUUAUCUGUAAAAAGAUUAAAUUCUCUCUUAUGGUCAAGUAUAAUAUAAAAGUGCUUUUUCCUCGGCGAAUAUUGAGAAUCCGCAGUACGAAAGUCGUCUAAAAGCUGGAUAAUACACCCUUCUCACUCAUCUUUUAACUAAUUUUUCAUAUCAUUCGUAUUUUGCAGAAUCGGAAGUGUUUUCUGGAAGUGCGCCAGGAUUGGUGAACGUCUCAGUCUUUGGGUCGCUGCUGGCUGUUUUUUGAUGGCUGGAAGUUUACUAUUCCUUUAA